AGAGCCUUGAGCCUGCGUCACUACUUUCUGUGCGCCAUUUACGUCGAUGUUGUACGCGACCUUGAGAAAAAGUUUCGAUUCAGCGGUUUACGACUACGAUCUGCGAUUGUCGAUCUGUUAAAUGCUAAACUAGCCUUCAACAUUUAAUUCAAGACUUUUAUUCAUGUUCCUGGCAUUCCUAACUACAUUCAAGUUGUGCUAGCGUCGACAGAGAAAGGCUGAAAGUGACAGGCAAACAAAUGGACCAGGAGUAUGAGCGACGCCUUGCGCGCACACCGACGCGUCCUUCGCUGGCCUCGCCCAGCAAGCGGCCGCCGCCGGCCAGCCCCACGGCGUCGCCGGUCAAGUCUCCGGUCAGCUCUCCGCACAAGGAGCGUUAUGGAGACCGCUUCAUCCCAGCUCGCGCCGGUGCACGGUGGCACAUCAACUUCAACAACGUUCAGGAGAACGCGCGGUCCAUCUACGCGGCUCGCAAGGCACGCGACAACGAGUCGGGCAAAGACGGCCUGGCUUACACGUGCCUGCUGAAGAACGAGCUUCUGGAUGCCGGCAUCGACGACCUCCGGUCGCAAGAAGACGACAGCAGCCGGCGCGUCCUCUCGCCGGCCCAGUCGCAGAACAUGCUGCACUACCGGUCGCGACGGACCCUAAUCAGCGAGCCGUGCUCCCCGUACUCGCUGUCUCCGGUCAGUGGCCCCAGCCAGGCGCUCCUACGGUCGCCGAGGAAAGCUGUACGGAAAAUCUCCAAGGCGCCCUUCAAGGUCCUGGACGCGCCGGAGCUGCAGGACGACUUCUACCUGAACCUGGUGGACUGGUCGGCGCUGAACGUGGUCUGCGUCGGCCUGGGCCACUGCGUCUACCUGUGGUCGGCGCACACCAGCCAGGUGACGCGCCUGUGUGACCUGGCCGCCGAUGGCGACUCGGUCACCUCCGUCUCCUGGAACGAGCGGGGUAAUCUCAUCUCCGUGGGCACCAACAAGGGCUACGUGCAGGUGUGGGACGUGGCGCAGGCCAAGCGGCUGAACCAGCUGGCAGGCCACACGGCGCGUGUGGGCGCCCUGGCCUGGAACGGUGACACCCUGUGCUCGGGCAGCCGUGACCGGGUGAUCCUGCAGAGGGACGUCCGACUGCCGAGCACCGUGCCGGAGAGGAAGAUGACCGGGCAUCGACAGGAGGUGUGUGGUCUCAAGUGGUCUCCGGACAACCAGUACCUGGCCUCCGGCGGCAACGACAACAAGCUUUAUGUGUGGAACAUGCACUCGACAACGCCCGUGCAGACCUACACCGAACACAUCGCCGCCGUCAAAGCGAUCGCCUGGUCUCCGCACCAGCACGGUCUGCUGGCCAGCGGCGGCGGUACGGCCGACAAGUGUAUCCGCUUCUGGAACACGCUCACAGAGCAGCCGAUGCAGUGCGUGGAUACCGGAUCCCAGGUAUGUAACCUGUCGUGGUCGAAGCACGCCUCGGAGCUGGUCAGCACGCACGGCUACUCGCAAAACCAGAUCCUAGUGUGGAAGUACCCGGGCCUGAGCCAGGUGGCCAAGCUGACCGGGCACACGUACCGCGUGCUCUACCUGGCCAUGUCGCCCGACGGGGAGGCCAUCGUCACCGGCGCCGGCGACGAGACGCUCCGCUUCUGGAACAUCUUCAGCAAGGCGCGCAGUCAGAAGGAGUCCAAGUCGGCGCUGAACCUCUUCACCAGUAUCCGGUGAAGUGGUGAGGGGCAUAGGAGGGCGGCCGGCGGCGCGUCAGGGCGCGGCCUGACCGACGCUAUCCGCCCGGCGAAUACCAAAGGCUUUAGGAGAAGGAAGGUAUGACAGAACCGUAUCGAGUUAUUUUUGACUGGUUUUCAGCUACGAACAGCAACAUUAUGUUUAUUUAUGGUUAUUUGUGUCUGAGUUGGUUUGUCGCGUGGUGUGUCGGGUGGGAGGGGGUGUUGUUUUUUGUUUCGCUGGCUGACUACGUCGGCCGGUUGCGGCGGCUAGCCGCAGGUCAGAAUCUGAGUCGUUAGCGACAGAAAUUGGGACGGGACGGGGCCCGCGCCGGCCAGUGGGUGUUCCCGCGGGACGGCGAGCCAGCCCACUGCGACGGCCGGGUAACGCCCCACAUACGUAUCGUAUUUCAAGUACAGAUAUUGUCGACAUGCUGAUGCCGAGUUGUAAUCGCGUGUGUUUAUAUUUCGUGCGAAUACGUUUGAUUGGGUUUAGUUGCCGUUAGCGCAUGCGCAGAUAGUCAAUUCCGUGUGGUUUGCAUCAUACCGCAGAAGCUGCCAGGACAAUCACAGCACAACGUUUGAGUUUGUAUCGAGUACGCCGAACGCCUCUCUCUUUCUCCGACCGCGAACCGACUGACCCCAACCGGGGUCGACUGGGCGGGCUGUCUAGCCGCUCAGCGUCCGUGCAAUUCGACCGCCACGCGCCAUUGUCGCGACAGUGUAGCUGGCUGGGUAAGUGCCCGUUUGACGGUAACAGCAAAGCGUAACAGCUGCCACUAAAAGUCUAACUUUUUGUUCACGUGACUCUCGACCAUUCCUGCAUUGUCGUCGAGCGAAAAUCUCGAGUUUGAAGCGAUUGAUGCGAUUUUUGGUGACCCGCCGGCCGGUACCAGGCUGGCGAACCGCUGCGUUUGUGUGCGUAUGUGCUGUGCUGUGUGCAUUGCGUGUGCGUGUGCUACCCUUUUUCUACGAUUCACUGACGCUUUAUGUCUGAUAGAUUUGUGGAAUUAUUGCGGCAAUACGGUCGCGAGAUGCUUACGUUAGUCGGGACUUAUGGCAAAUAUCCGAGCGCUAAGCGUAAUACAACUGACUGGCGAGCAUA